AUGGAUAUCCAUCGCGCUAUUCUGGACGCAACUUCGCACCUUAACCUGCCAGCUGUUACAGAGAAAAUAUUCAAAGAUGAAUGUCCUUUUUACUUCGAGUCUCCCGAGCAAAAAACAGGUGUUUUUAUAUGUGUAAAUCACCUAAUCGCUGUUGGGCCUUCGAUGGUCAAGAGGUAUUCACUCGAGUCAGGUUGUCAUGUUUUUCUACAUUAUCAGAUCAAGAAGGAAUUUAAGACAACCGAAGGCGAAGUUGAUUCAAAACCGACGAAAUUGGCCUACGGACUUCCAGGUGGUUUUAUGAGUCACCAGGAUCGAUAUGUGGUCAACGAGUUUUGGUCAUUAUUUCUCCUACCCAACGGAAACGAGAUACCCUUGCCUGGCCCAACAGUAGGAACUCCCCAGACCGAUUGUUUUCAUCUAGAGAUGCUUGGAAUCCCUACACCUUUGUCUUCUGUACUGAAUGCUAUUCAACGAACCGAGUCUGCUCUUUUGGCAGAAGAACGCGCGAAGGAAGUUUCUGCUUGGGAACUGGAAAAUGCGCGUCCUACUUCUGCAUUCGCGGCUGAGCUGAUGCAGUUAAACAACGGAGUGCGCGUGCCGCCAACAGGCUGGAAGUGUUCUUUGUGCGGACUAAGGGAAAAUCUAUGGUUGAAUUUAACGGAUGGUACCAUUCUGUGCGGACGUCGCUUCUGGGAUGGAUCGGGUGGUAAUAAUCACGCUGUGGAACAUUAUCAGCAAACAGGGUACCCGUUGGCCGUCAAACUGGGCACUAUCACACCACAGGGCGCUGAAGUCUUCUCUUACGCCGAAGAUGAAAUGGUCACUGACCCCUUGUUGGAACAGCAUCUAGCCCAUUUUGGGAUUGAUAUUAUGCGCAUGGAAAAAACCGACAAGACAAUUGCAGAGCUUGAGGUGGCAGCCAACGAAAGGCUUGGCGAGUGGCGUACUCUACAAGAGUCUGACCGACAAUUACAUCCUCGAUAUGGUCCCGGGCUCACUGGCCUAUACAACCUGGGCAACACGUGCUAUAUGAAUACUGUCUUGCAGGUCUUGUUCGCCAUUCCACAUAUGCGAUGGAUCUAUGCAUACAGAAUGUCAUACUGGAUCGACAGAGCUCUGUCUUCUUUCAAGGCAUCUGGGCAAACGUCAACUCUCCUUGAGGAUGUAGGCUUGCAGUUCGCUAAAGUAGGCUAUGGUCUGUGUUCCGGGCUGCACUCAUGGCCUUUCCCCGAGAAUCUCGAUCAACUCUCAAAAGGCCCUGUCCCAUUACUACCCGGUGAGCCUGACAUACUCUCUUAUCAUUAA